AUGAAUUUACAAUCUAACUCGUUACAGAAUACAUCUACUUCUUCAACCUAUUUUGUCUGUUGUCCUAUUUGUUUUCGAAAUUUCAAGUCUGAAAAUGGACUUAAACGGCAUUAUAACACAAUUAAUAAAUAUAAUAUACCACAUAAAGAUCUUGUCACAAUUCCGAAUAAUUUAUCACAAGAGUAUAAAAAUAUUUUAAUUCAACAAAUACAUCGUCAAUUACCAUUAAGCUUCACCAGAAUGGGGCGAAGAGUGUUAUCAAUUCCAUGUACUGAAAGUCAAUUUGUUGCUGUUUUUGCAGGACAUAUUCACCAAUUUUCUAACAACCCACGAGUAUACAAAUGUAGAUUUCAUGGAGAGUCGGCCUAUUUGACUUUAACAAAAAUUUUAGGAGAUUCUAAAUGGGGUCAAAAAUGUUAUAAUCAGAAUCAGCAAACAUAUAUUGUUUUUGAACAGCUAUCAAAUCAAACAGUUUGUUCUAAUAUUGACAAAAAUCAAGAUGAUGUUGAUCCUCUAGAAUUAAUAUUAAAUCAAAAUAAAUUAAAUAGUAAGAAAAAAAAAAGAAAACCAAAAGUUACUCGUGGCGAAUUUCUGGUGGAAUGGAAAAAAAAAAUUGAUCAAGAAAUAGAUGGACAUAUUUGUACCGCGGGAUUUAUAAUUUUAUCUUUUUAUAUAUCACAAAGACGUUUAUAA